AUGAAAGCCAAUGCCUCGUCCAGGCUAAGACAGCGUCUCCUAAGCCUUCCGUCGGCCUUGGUGUUUCUCUGGUUAUGUGUUCUCUUCUGGGGUGAACGCUACACCUUUCAACAAAGUGUCACUCAUUGUCUGUGGCAACAGUGGGAAUCAUGGCCAGGUCAUGCUCAACCUCAUCAUGUCCUCCUUGUCGCUGAUCCACAACUCGUGGAUCCACACACCUACCCUGACAGACCAUGGCCUCUUUCCAGCUUGACCAUCCUCUACACCGAUCGCUACCUCCACCGCUCCUAUCAAUACCUGCAAGAGUAUCUCCGACCAGAUGCGACCUUGUUCCUCGGGGAUUUGUUUGAUGGGGGCAGGGAAUGGGGCACGACUGAGUCAACAUCCCCCGAAGAGCGCUACCAACAAUACGGCUCGCAUUUCUGGCUGAAAGAAUACAUUCGCUUCUCGAACCUGUUCUUGCGGUCCUGGGCCAAAGGUCCUUAUGCCAGCGCGGCCGAACCGACCGGCCGCCGUCUGCUGGCUUCUCUCCCCGGAAACCAUGAUCUGGGGUUUGCUGCAGGCAUUCAGUUGCCGGUGAAGGAGAGAUUUGACGCAUACUUCGGCCCGCUCAAUCGGAUCGAUAUCAUCGGCAAUCACUCGUUUGUCCAUUUGGACACGGUGUCGUUGAGUGCCAUGGACCAGGUUGACCCAAAAACGGGGAGUUCGGGAGCAGGCGACGGGAGUGCCGCUGCGACUUCUUCCAGCAGAAUCUGGAAACCUGUCGAGGAAUUCCUCGUGGAAGCGAAAGCCAUCAGAGCCAAAGCUGUACAGCACACAUGCGAGACGAGAUUCGACUGGAAACACCCGCUCUCCCAAUUGCAGUCUCCGUCGGUACAAUCAGCUGCUGAAGCGGGACACUCAGAUCCAGCUCGGAGAACCCACCAUGCCGUCAGCUCAUCACAAUUCCCAACCAUCGUCCUCUCUCACGUCCCGCUCUACCGAUCCGGGGAGGCCAAUUGCGGACCGAUGCGGGAACGAGGCACCGUGAUACCCCUGCAGGCAGGCUAUCAAUAUCAAAAUGUCCUCACCCCACUGAUCUCACAAGAUAUCGUCAAGCAUCUGACGGCGGAGGAGAUUACCAUGAUCUACUCGGGCGACGAUCACGACUACUGCGAGAUCGAGCACAACGAGUUCACGGGCCGCAUCAGGGAGAUCACGGUGAAGAGCAUGAGUUGGGCCAUGGGCAUCCGCAAGCCCGGCGUGCAGCUCGUCAGUCUCUGGAAUCCGGUCGACGUCAACAAGGCCAUGUCGGGGGAUCCCUCGCUGACCACGCCCCGGGACACGGUGCAAAACCAUCUGUGCCUGCUCCCGGACCAAUUGAGCAUCUUCAUCCGCUACGUCCAGAUGCUUGCCUUGACACUCUGCGUGCUCGUUCUCGCUGCCGUCCGGUACAAUCCCUCCGCCGCCAUGGAGGAAGCAUCGCGCGACAAAUCCGAACCAUUACUACCUACCAGCGAAAAACACCACCACCACAACAACAACCCCGCCACCUCCAAAAGUUCUUCCCUGCAGAACGGCCAAGCGGGCCACCACCAUCAACUGUCCACGCGCAAGAUGGUCGCCGGGUACGGACAUCUGCCUGCUUCAUCGCGGUCCGCGUCUCCCUCGAAACCGCCGUACAUCGACUACGCCCGAAACAGCUCUCCCGGCCCCGGCCUCGGCCCCGUAGGCGAGUUCGACAGCGACGACUGGGGGAUGCCCAAAUCCACCGCCGACAAAGCGCGUCGUCCAUGGGCAAAGAACCGCCCGCCGCGGUCUCGGUGGGCGUACUUUGGUCGCUCGCUGUGGCGGACGGCCUGGCCGGUGGUGGUGAUUUACGGAUGGCUGAUCUGGAGCGGCUGA